AUAAGGAAUUUUAGGCCCGACGUCAGAUUUUCACCGGGCCAUUAAUCCUAUCUUUGAUUCUUCAAGCCCAAGCCCGCAAAGAUUAAACCCCACCACAAAACCCUUCGCCAUUUUCGCAGUUGUUCAAAGGUCACGUCCGUUCAUUCCUAACUGCAGAGUCUCACACAAGCCUCAAGACGCAGAGCAUGACCACCACACCCUCCUCGCUUCGCCUCCUCAGGCGCGCAUUCUCCACCUCCGUGCAGGGCGGCGAUCCGGCGGCCACCGCCGCCGCCGACGCCACCCUCAAGUCGGCCCACGAUUUCCUCUACAGGGAGCGCAGCCUGAAGCGCCUCGUGGCGCAGUUCAAGAAGUCGUCGGCCUUCGACCAUUUCCGCACCAAGAUCGGCACGUACCAGUACGCCGUCCGCCGCCUCGCCUCGGCCAGGCGAUUCGACAUGAUCGAGGAGAUCCUGGAGGAGCAGAAGAAGUACAGGGACAUCGCCAAAGAAGGGUUCGCGGUCCGGAUCAUCAGCUUGUACGGUAGGUCCGGCAUGUUCGAGAAUGCCCAGAAGCUGUUCGACGAAAUGCCUGAGCUGAGCUGUGAGCGCACGGUGUUGUCUUUGAAUGCCCUCUUGGGCGCUUGUGUCAAUUCCAAGAAGUUUGAUAGGAUGGAGGAGCUGUUCCGCGAGUUGCCGGGGAAGUUGUCCAUCGAUUCGGACUCGGUUUCUUAUAAUAUUGCUGUAAAGGGGUAUUGCGCGAUGGGUUCUUUGGAUACUGCGAUUUCGAUGCUUGAUGAGAUGGAGAAGAAGGGCUUGGAGCCAGAUUUGGUCACGUUCAAUACGCUUCUCUCCGGGCUUUAUCUGGGUAACAGAGCUGCUGAUGGGGACAAAAUUUGGGCUAGGAUGGAGGAGAAGAAUAUUGUUCCUGGUGUCAGAAGCUACAAUGCAAAGUUAUUUGGAUUGGUUUCGCAGAAGAAAAUGAAGGAAGCUGUUGAGACGGUUAAAGAAAUGAGGAUGAAGGGAACCAACCCGGACAUUUUUAGCAUGAAUGCUUUGAUUAAGGGUUUUGCUCAGUAUGGUAAUCUGAACGAUGCUAAACUGUGGUAUAGUGAAAUAGGAAAUAGUAAUUUCGACCCAGACAAGACGACAUUUGGGACGCUAAUUUCACUUGCUUGCCAGAAGGGAGAUGUUGACUUUGCAUACGAGCUGUGCGAAGAGAUUUUCAAGAUUCGUUGCCUUGUCGAUGGGGCAGUAUUGCAGCUUGUUGUUGAUGAGUUGGUGAAGGAGUCAAGGAUUGAGGAAGUGGAGAAGCUUGUGCAGCUUGGGAAGGUAAAUAAGUACCGCCGUUAUAGCUUGCAACUUCCAGCCAGCAAGUAAACAUAGCUGUAGGUCUCUCUGUUUUUGCUCACUUUAUUUGAAAUUGAUAAUCUCAGUGCAAAUUUUAAGGCUGAAAAGGAAUUUCUUGGCGCUAGCAUCUUGAUGGUUUAGCUUCGAAAUGAAGUUUGGCGAUCCAUCGCCGUACUCUUACUUAACAGAAGUAUUCAAUACUUUGAUGUUUUUGUAUCUAGCCAGUGUAAUCUCUUUUUGUACUUCGAUAGUGCUAGGAGCAGGUUAUUUGUUAGUGCGAUAUCAAGAUUACAGACAGUUGUCCAAGAUAGUGUCUCCUUGCUGCUUAGUUGGCAACAUUUGUUCCUAAUGGUUGCUAUUUAGUUCCAAUGCAGUCUUUGAAGUAUUUUUCCUGAUA